AUGCAGGUGGCCUCUCCGAAGGGGGGACAGAGGCUUCCAGAAGCAGGGGGGCCAAGAUGCCCGGGGCGGACGGGCCUGUCGUCCCCCACCACCACCAUGAGUUGGAGGGGGGGAGGAGGGGGGGAGGAGGAGGAGGAGGAGGAGGAGGAGGACCAGCUCCCCGCCUCCACGGGCCGGCGGCCCGGCCCCCGCCGGGUCCUGCCGCCCCGCGGGCGGGGCGGGGGGAGGCCGUGCACAGACAGAGGGGCCGAACUUGCACAUCUCGAGCGCGACGAGGACGGCGGAGGCGUCGAAACACACACUCCGGCUGACUCGGCAUGCCCGCCCUAG